UGUGCGCGGCGAUGCAUCUCUGAAAUUGAAUUCAUCAAUUGCUCUGCAAGAUAGAGUACAGCGAGGACCAGAUACUUGCCUUUUAAUUGCAUUUUUCCUAACAGUUAGAAGUUAAUUUGGCUAUUUAAACGGAGUAGGAAAUUUGCAAACCACCGAUGAAGGAUUUGAGCUGCCAACAAUGUUUUGCUAGCCAGCAAUUACAGACCGCCUUCUUGCUGUAUUUUGAGGAGGCGUAGCUAGCGAAGUUAACGUUAUGUCACAGAUUGGAGGUUUGGUUAUGUCAGCCAACUAACGUUAGGCACAUGGGAAAUGGGCAUUACGGUGCUGUAAUAUAGAAUCUGUAUAUAUAGGUUGACAAAAUGGGAAGUCUUCAUACGAGCUAUUUUGACGUUAGUCACCAGCUCGGUGCAUGUUCUAUUCGGAUCUCGCGGAAUAAGGCCUACUAGUUCUUCUCUUGGAAAACAACACGGGUCUUUCACUAUGGGACAGGUAAAAGAGUCUGACGUAUUUUUCUGAUGAGUAAGGAGUGUUUUUGUCCGAAUAACAGUUAAGUUGUCAACACCGCUAGCUAGCUAUACGUUUAUAGUCCGAGACGAAAAUGGAGACGGGAAUCCAAGCCCACCAGUUUGUCCACGCGGUAUCCAGCCCUAGAGCAGCGGGUAUAUCCACUGAAAUGCUCGAGGUGGCAGCGGAAGCAACCCGGGCAGGUGACUACGACCUUGCCGCGGAAAUCUAUAGCUCUCAGCUGGUGGACCUCCAACAUCCAGACCGGGGUAUCUGUUUGCUCAAAGCUAACGCUCUUGCCCAGGCCGGGCGAAUAGCGGAGGCGCUUGACUCGUACUGCACCGCGGCCAACAUUAGCAAACUUCGGCCGGACGAAUUGCAGCUUUUGGUUGUAAACAUAGCACGGACUCUUCGCGAGAAGGAGCUAAACAUUCAUGGGAAGGCAACGAGUUGUCAUAAAAGUGGGAAUGGAGACGAUCGUGUCGAUGCCGAUACAGAGGCAUUUGAGGACGAACCCCUGGACUUGUUUUCGUGCCGCCUUUGUAGGUGUUUACUGUCAGAACCAACCACCAUGGAGUGCGGCCAUACGUUUUGCAAACAUUGUUUAGAAAAAGAAACUGUCAAAGACUGCAUACAAUGCAAACAUAAACUGAACAAAGACAUACAGAUCCUACCCAUUGGGCUUAGAGUAAAUGUCAUCCUCAGUAGUUUGUUGGAUAAAUGGUUCGACUCUGAAAGUAAAGCCAGGAGGCAUUGGAUAGAAGGUGAGGUCUCACAGAAGAAGCACGACUACACAGAUGCUUUGGAGAAGUACAACAAAGCCUUAGAACUGGCGCCAUCUGUAGGUCGGCUACUGGGACAGCGUGCUGAGCUACACUUGGAGAGUAAGAACUACAUCCAGGCCAUCCAGGAUGCAGAGAGCCUGUGUAGACUCAACCCUCUCUGGCCAAAGGCCCACUACAUUAAGGCCUCAGCCCUGAGUAAAGCCAACCGUAACGAUGAGGCCUUAAAGGAGUACUUCAUGUGUGUGGCACUGAAACCUGAUUGGACGAUGGUGAAGCUGGAAGCCCAGAAGGUGCUUAGUGAGCUGUUCUCGUCAGUGUUUGAGAAGGAUGGUCAGCCCACUCCCAUACAUCCUCUACAGGGUGGUCCCUCCACUCGCCUCCUUAAGCCCCCCGCCCUGUACGGCUCUCUAAACCCCUUCACCAUGCCACAGAAGCCUGGCUGCUCCUCACAGGACUUAGAGUUCAGAGUGAGUAAGAGUUCUUUGUGCGAUGGUCCCUCAGACUCCUCCAAACAUCCCCUGUCCCCCAGCAGUGAAGCUGAGAAGCCCUUGCUAGAAGAUGCCAAGAGCCUGGCCAGUGUCCUGGCUGCCCAGCCUGCCCCCCCAGGCAGCCUCAAGAGGAGACACAGUGGGGACGGCAUAGCCUUCAGCCCUCCCUCCAAACUUUUCAGACCAGAUGAAGCCUGCUCCUCCUCUCACCUUCCUGCUGCUUACCUCUGGGGAAGGACGGUGUCCAAAGACCUGCUCGACAGUAGAGAUAUGGAGUGCUCCCUCUGUAUGAGGCUGUUCUUUGAGCCUGUCUCCACCCCCUGUGGACACACCUUCUGCCUCAAGUGUCUAGAGCGCUGUCUGGACCACAACCCCAACUGCCCUCUCUGCAAAGAGAACCUCUCCGAGUAUCUGGCCACAAGAGGGUUCAACAAGACCCUGCUGAUGGAGGAAGUGCUGCAGCGUUACCUGGGAGAUGAGCUGGCAGAGAGGAAGAAGAUCCACGAGGAGGAGAUGAAGGAACUGGCAAACUUGAACCAGGAAGUGCCGAUCUUUGUGUGCACCAUGGCCUUCCCCACCAUCCCCUGUCCACUGCACAUCUUCGAACCACGCUACCGCCUCAUGAUCCGCCGCUCCAUGGAGACCGGUACCAAACAGUUUGGUAUGUGCAUCGCUGAUGAGUUGAAGGGUUUUGCUGAUUACGGCUGCAUGCUGGAGGUCCGGGACGUCAAGUUUUUUCCUGAUGGGAGGUCUGUGGUCGACACCAUCGGUGUGUCCCGCUUCAGAGUACUGAGCCACGGCCAGAGAGACGGAUACAACACGGCAAAGAUCGAGUACCUGGAGGAUAAGAAGGUGGAGGGCCAGGAGUUUGUGGAGCUGCAGAAGCUUUAUGUCUCUGUGUAUGACCAGGCCAGCGGCUGGUUCAUCUCCCUUAAAGACAACAUGAAGAGCCAGAUAAUCAGCCACUUUGGACACCUACCCGGGAAGGACCCUGACCCACAGGGUAAUCCCAGUGGUCCAGCGUGGGCUUGGUGGCUGUUGGCAGUGCUGCCUCUUGACAACCGUGCCCAGCUCACCAUCCUGGCCAUGCCCUCCCUCAAGGACCGCCUCAUUGCCAUCCGCAGGGUCCUGAUCUUCGUCACGCGCAAGAGACCCCGAUGACCGCUCGGCCGCCACCACAACCGCGUAGACCAUGCAUGGUCAUUCACUCAUUCAGUAAACCCACUCAGCUUUCAAAUGAGGGAAAUGCCUUUGACUCCUUUACAAAUGGCGCUCUCUGAAUCUGAAGAAGCCAUUGGGUUGGAUUGUAGGGGGUGGGAUAGGGAGGUCAUUGUUUCUGGUUAUCCAUCCACCUAUCAAUGUCCAGUUCACCUGUCCUCUGUCACAAUAACUCACUGAAAUUAUGGACUUCUGUCACGCUAUCUCUCAACUUCUUAUGUCCCCUCAAGGGAGGGAAUAAGAGAGCACGGAAUCAGACUGGUGACUGUCAUGAUGUGCCAGAACUGAACAGAACUGGGCCGACCAAUUAACGGUGUUGCAUCCACAAUGUUGUGACUUGGUGUACAAUUCUAUUUAAGAAAAAUAAAAAGACCUGACAAGUACCAAAAAAA